UUUUCCUCCCUGUCCUUCAUCCUCCCCCACCUACAUCCUGGUCUGCCAUGUCCUCGAUCUGCUAGCUGGAAACCUUAGACUGCAGCAGAUUGUAAAUCCGGUUGAUCCUUUGGAGAUCCUGGCAGAUGUGCACUGGACACACAUCCGUGAAAAAGAGGAGGAGGAAAAAAUGGUUCCAGCCUCAAAGUCCUCCACCUCCAGAGCAUCCGACCUUCCCUCCGUACGCCGUGAGGCGGUACAGGCGUGGCUGGAGACGGUCCCUGGAGCUCCAUGUGAGGAUAAUGAAGCAGAGGAUGAGCUGGGCACAGAGCCUGCAGACACGGAAGGGCAGGCAGGUGAAGAGGGAGACACGGGUGCGGAACUGGAUGACGAUGACAUUGCAUCUGAUGCAGAAGCUGAGUUUCGCUUACAUCAAGGGGACAUAGAAGAACCAGAGCUGAAAGUCUCUGAAGAUGAAGAAGAUGAAGAAGGAACAGAAGGUGCUUCUUGCAGUGUGUCAGAAGAUCCGUGCAAGCCAUCCUUCCCUAUCCAUCCAGCUAAUGACAGUGUUCUUCCUCUGUCUCCUGUUGAUAGUCCGAAAGCAAAACAAACAGAGGAUGCAAAAGAUGUCCUUCCUGCAGUAUCCCAUCCUAUAAAAUCUCCUGAGGCACGCUUUUUCCCCGAGCCUUUCAUUCCUGAAGAAGCACCAAAGGAUGAAAUCCCAAAAGACAGGAAAGUUAAGAGCCCUUCAGUGCCACUCUCUCCAGUAUUAUCCCAGCCAGUUGCAUUACCAGAAGCCAUUGCACCUACAUCACCAGCUGAGUCUCAGCCAGCAGCACCAACAUCGGCUUCAUCCCCAACAUCUUCUCAAACGCCUAUCUGUUCACAGCCUUUGCCUUCUACUGAAGUGACUAUUCCAUCCCCAGUGGAGCCUCCAGUAUGUUUCCAGCCUGUCCCAGCCUUAACGUCUACUCCUCUAGCCAAACUGGUCCUAAGGAGCCAGGAGAGUGAGGUGGAAAAACUGGGGAGCCCUACUACAGCAGAAGAAGCCCUGAAACGGAGUAAUCUUGUAGAAGAGUUCUGGAUGAAGAGUGCAGAAAUCCGGAGGAGCUUAGGCCUCACCCCAGUAGACAGAAACAAACGCUCAGAGCCAAGUUUGAAUGUGUCUGCCCUUGAGACAACUCAGCUGAAGUCUUUCAACACUGAAAAUGUUUCAGGGGAGGAGAGGAUUCCUCUUGUGAAACCUCAGCCUGCCCCAAGAAGACAGGGACUGUCCAAACUAGAAAAUGAGCAGAUUUCUCUGCUCACUCCAAAAUCUCCAUCAGAAAAAGAUCUGAAGAACUCCAAUGAAGUAAGGAGAGAUGUGUCCAGCAGUUCUGGUCUUGGCCUUCAGGAGAGUUCAUCUAAUAUGAGAACAAUGGCUAGCCAGAGCUUCAACACUUCUGACUCUACCAUGCUUACUCCUCCAUCAAGUCCACCUCCACCACCUCCUCGGGAUGAAGAACCAGCUACUCUGCGUAAAAAGAGGCAUCAAGCAAUUUGGCAGAAUGAGGUUGAAGCCAAGUCACCUCCAACACCAGCAGCAACACCUCCUGCUCCCCUACGGUAUGAGCCAGCCUCUGCUGCCACAGAGUCAACUCAGGCCAAAAAAGAAGAAGUGCGGAAGUCUUUUGCAGAGAGUGUAGAUGAGAUUCCAUUUGCUGAUGAUGUAGAGGAUACAUAUGAUGAGAGAACAGAGGACACGACUCUUCAAGAGAAGUUCUUCACACCUCCUACCAGUAGGCCAAGGCCAGAGAAACCAGUUCUUUUGCCCCUGGUCAAAGAAAAUGGUGGUCCACCCUCAAUGGAAGGAGAGGUUAACCAAAAGAAAAGAGUGCUGCCUGGAAUUUCUCCAGAAGCCAAGGAGCUCGCUGAAGAAAGAAUGAGAGCCAGAGAGAAGUCUGUCAAGAGCCAAGCACUACGUGAUGCCAUGGCUAAACAGUUGUGUAAAAUGAAAGAUAUGGAGAUGGUGGCUGCUGCUGCUGCUGGGGCUGCAAGGGCACGAAAGGCAUCUUCCAUGCCCAUGAAGACCAAGGAGUUAUUUUAUGAUUCUCCAAAGCACUUGGCCUUGAAAAUAGCAGAGAGCUCUACACUAAAGCAUGAUGCUGCUAGUGAAAAGUUCUCCACUCCUCUUGCUGAUGUAGCUGGGCCUGAAGGGUCCGUCACCUCUUCAGAAGGCUCCAGUGGGAAGAGUAAGAAAAGAACUUCUCUUUUCUCCCCUCGUAAAAACAAAAAGGAAAAGAAAUCCAAAAAUGACAGCAGGCUUUCCGACAAAUCUAGUGGUGGGACAGAGGAAGGAACAAAAACUAAAUCAUUAUGGAAGUCUGUUUUUUCUGGUUAUAAGAAAGACAAGAAGAAAAAGACUGAUGACAAGUGCCCAAGUACUCCCUCAAGUAGUGCCACUGUGGAUUCAGGCAAGCACAAGCCUUUGCCACUGGUUACAGCAGCAGAUUUGCAGCUACGUCGACACCUGAGUUUCUCAGAGGACUCUGACCUCUCCAGUGAUGAUGUUUUAGAACGUUCCUCCCAGAAAUCCAAGCGAGAGUCGAUUUAUGUACCACACGCCUUGGCAUUCAAGAGAUCAUAUUCGUCAAAGAGAGCCUACACAGAAGAGGAGCUGAAUGCCAAGCUGACUCGGCGAGUACAGAAAGCUGCCCGUAGACAAGCCAAGCAAGAGGAGCUAAAGAGGUUACAUAGAGCCCAGAUCAUCCAGCGCCAGCUUGAACAAGUGGAAGAGAAGCAGAGGCAACUUGAGGAGAGAGGGGUUGCCGUGGAGAAGGCCCUGCGGGGAGAAGCAGGUAUCCAACAGAGCUUG